AAAUGACGAAUUGCGGAAGAGAGUGUUACUGCUUGAGGACCAAUUGGAGGACCGUGAUGUGCAUGACGUAACGCAACGGUUCCAGGAAGGCGUGGAUAUUGGGAGUAGUGGUGUGGUUAAUGUGGGGAACGAUGGAUGUGAUGGUGUUAUGUUCUGUGAUGUGUCACCUUUGCGUAUAUUACCACAGCAUGGACGCAGUGGUGACGAGGGGGGGUGGACAAUGUGGCGGAGUGCAGACCAGGGAUGCUGCGUGGUCAUUAUGGUAGCAGUAGUUCUGCUGCUGAAGGUGAAGGCUUGACUAGUGAUGUUGAAUGUGUUGCAGGAUUGGGUUAUGUAAAUUCAUAUGUGCGUAAAAUCAAGAACAAAGUUAGAAGGGAGCGAAAAAUGCCUGAGUUUGAUUACCCACUGUUGGUUGGACGUACUAAGAAGACAGUCGGAAACAAUUGUGACGCAGUGGAUGACAGCAAACAUGACGUGCAUAAUGCAAUUAUUGACGUCGAAGCGGUGGUGUUACCUGAGAAAAAAUGGUCUGGGUUUGAUUUGAAUAACCGGUUGGGGGUUUGGAAGAUGAUGACAAUGGAUGAGAAGGCCAGAAUCACCAAAGCAUAUGAGCGGCAUGGUGAUGGGGCGGUCAUGUGGGAAGACAAUAUGAAUGGCGUUGUGGUUUAUUUCAGUGAUGUGAAAAGCCUUGUACGACAGAGCUCCAUGCGUGGGAAUGUUGUUGAUGCGUACGUGGAGUUGUUGAAGACCGACCAGUUGAGGAUGUAUGGUGACAAUGAGUUGGUGGACAAGUCAUAUUUUUUCAGUAGUGUGUGCCUGGACGUGGUGAAAAGUAAUGACGUGCGUUCAAUAGGAAAUUAUAUCCGGAAGAAUGUGUCUGCAGGGAGCGAGUUUCGUUUCAUCCAUUUUCCUAUGUAUCAUCUUGGCCACUGGACGCUUGUAGUAUAUGAUACUGAAGAUGGUAGUUGGAAGCAUUACAACCUGAUGAGGCAACGUGGGAAUAGGACAGAUGUGCACCACACCGAAGCUGUUAUGUUGCUUGAUUAUGGGGUGAUAGUGUGUACUAUAAUGCAACAAUACGUGUAUCAUGGCGAUGUGGAGCGAACAUUGCAAGGUUUAGAAAAUGUUGGACAUAUUUUUUGUGGGUAUUACGUACUAGUCGUUGUGGAUAACGCUUUACGCAUUUUGAAUGGAAAGUAUGGUAUGAUUUGCAGUAUGAUUUUGAGAAUGUGUGCCGUUGAUGUGCACGUAGUAAUAGAAGUUGGGUCUCGAAAAUUGAAAGAUAUUGAUGUAUAG